GCAGGCCGACUCUCAACCGCUGCACCACCAGGGAAGCUCCAAGGGCUGAUAUUAAUUUGGUCUUUUUCUCCACAUGAACAUCACAAUUUACAGUGCUCUAUUAAACUGAGUGGGUUUUUUUUUUUCAACAUUAAAUAAGAUAUCUGGAGAGGGAUUCUUCUGUUUCCCUCACCCUGAGAGCGGUUGUUUCAUUGAAUACCUUCUAAUUACCUGACUAGUCAGACGUGUUUAUCCACUGGGAAGGGAAGCAUGUAUUGAAUACCUACUUUGGGUUCAUUUAGUCAACAAAAAUAUAUUGAGCAUCUAGUAAGUGAGAGGCACUGAAACUACAAAGAAUAAAACAGACAUGGUCCCUACCCUCACAAUGCUGAAAAUCUAGUCAAAGGGAACGAGUAAGUAAGCAAUUACAAUAUGUGUAAGUGCCAUGACAGAAAUAAAGAUCGUUUAAGAGCACAUAGGAGGGGCACUGAACCAGACUUGGGAGGUCAGAGAAACCUGACUUGAAGGAAGAGGACAGGGGAAGGUGGCAGUGGAGGCAGUGGGAAGAGGAUUCCUAGCGAGGGACGAGCUUGUGCAGAGGCUCAGCACCAGUAGAGAGCAGCGCAUAUUUGAGGAACUGAAACUGAAUGUAGCUAAGUGGAAAGUAUAAAAAAGGGGAGGAAAAGAUACAGGCGGGAGACACAUCAGACAAGGCUUUUGUAAGAAAAGCCAGGGUGUCCUUGAGCUCAAUCCUGAUAGCCAUAGGGAGACGGGGAAUGAUGAGAUCAGAUCUGCACUUUUGAAAGGUCACUCUGACUGCUGUGAAGAACAGGUAUGCAAGACUGGAUGCAGAGAGACAAAAAGUUGCAGAAUAGCCCAAGUGAGAGAUGAUGGGGAACUGCAUACAGGAAGUAGCGGUGGGAAUGGAGAGAGGCAGAUGCAUCUUAAACAUUUAAUGUAUUUAAAAGACUUGGCAGGACUUUAUGACUGACCAGAUGAAAGAGGAGCCAUGACUCUGGCUUGGGCAACUAGAUAGAUGGUAGUUCAUUCCCUGUAUAGUAUAACAGAAGAGCAGGUUUAUAGGGAAGGGGAGGAGGAUGAAUGUAGUUUGAGAUCACUAUAAACUAUCCAUGAUGCUGUUCUGUUGGCAGUUGAAUGUAUGAUUCUGAAACCGAAAAUAAGAUCCACCUUGGAGAUAUGGAUUUGGAGAGUAUCAGCCUGAGGUCCUAUGAGUAAGACCUCCCAGGAAGCUGUGACCCAACCAGAUGGAACAUUAACAUGAAGGGGUAGGGUGGAAGAAGAGAAACCCAUAGGAAAGACUGAGAGAUGUCAGAGGAAAAAAAAAAGAAAACCAGAAGAGAUCGCUGACGUGGAAGUCAAGAGAAGAGAACCCAUUAAGAGGGCUGGUCUCAGUGUCAAAUUACUGAGGAGCAAAAGAGGGAAAUAGGAGAAGAAAGAAUGAAAAUUUGAGGAGCAUGAAGGAGGUUUGAAGUGGCUACUGGAGAGAAUUGGAGACACUGCUGGGCAGCACUGAGGACCCAGUGCAUGGCGGCCAGUGGGUACCAGAAUCCCGACCACACUCAACCACCCAGCACGUCUCACAGGCACUCCACGAGGUGAUUUCUUCCCCAUCCUGACUUGCAGCACCUCAUUUCAGCACUCCUACAUAAUGAGCCUCACCUGGGAAGGACAGACAUCUAUGCCAUAGUUUGAAAAGAUCCCUUUUCUCUUCCUCACACCACGUUUAUUAGUUUUCAAAGACCAUAUGGUGCUAAUUGAUGAUAAAAGUAACAGCGUGAAUCACAGACUGUUUUAUGGACCAGUCCCUACUUCAUCUUGAACGGGAUGACAUAAAGCAGGCAUCCAUGGGGCCACUGACAUAAAACAACCCCGAGUCCCCACCUGCAGAGAGGCAGUGGAUGAGGAAAGCAAACCAGUCUGUCUUCUUCUAGUGUCUGGGAGAUACUUCGUGGCUAUUGUCUAACCCAAGUGCCAACUACAGCAACUUGGAAUCUUUUUGAAACAAGUUGAGUGGUGAUUUUAUGCAAUGGCUUCAAGCCACAGUUCUUCACCAGUGCCUCAAGGAAGCAGCAGUGAUGUUUUCUUUAAAAAAGAGGUAGACCCGACAAAACACAUUCGACCUGUGCAGUCACUGCCAGAUGUGUGUCCCAAGGAACCCACAGGUGAUUCAAAUAGUUUAUGUGUUGCCCCAUCUCUAGUUACAGAUCAACAUAGAUGGACUAUAUAUCAUUCCAAAGUAAAUCUCCCAGCAGCAUUAAAUGAUCCUAGAUUAGCAAAAAGAGAAUCUGACUUCUUCACAAAAACAUGGGGAUUGGACUUUGUGGACACUGAAGUCAUACCUUCAUUCUACCUCCCACAGAUCAACAAGGAACAUUUUACAGUAUAUCAACAGGAAAUCUCUCAGAGAGAGAAGAUUCAUGAGAGAUGCAAGAAAAUUUGUCCUCCUAAAGAUACCUUUGACAGGACUCUCUUACAUACUCAUGAUAAAUCCAGGACAGAUCUGGAGCAAGUACCUAAGAUUUUUAUGAAACCAGAUUUUGCCUUGGACGAUUCCUUAACUUUUAAUUCAGUUUUACCAUGGUCUCAUUUUAAUACUGCUGGUGGAAAAGGAAAUCGUGAUGCAGCUUCCUCAAAGUUGCUACAAGAAAAGCUGAGCCAUUAUCUGGAUAUUGUGGAAGUAAACAUUGCUCACCAGAUCUCUCUACGUUCAGAAGCAUUUUUUCAUGCAAUGACCUCUCAACACGAAUUGCAGGACUACCUCAAGAAAACUUCCCAGGCUGUAAAAAUGCUUCGAGAUAAAAUUGCACAGAUUGAUAAAGUAAUGUGUGAAGGAUCACUACACAUUUUAAGACUGGCACUUACCAGAAAUAAUUGUGUUAAAGUAUACAAUAAACUGAAAUUAAUGGCCACUGUACACCAGACUCAGCCUACAGUACAGGUGUUGUUAUCUACUUCUGAAUUUGUCGGAGCAUUGGACUUAAUAGCAACAACGCAAGAGGUUCUACAGCAGGAACUUCAGGGCAUUCACAGCUUCCGGCAUUUGGGAUCACAGCUUUGUGAAUUAGAAAAACUGAUAGAUAAAAUGAUGAUUGCAGAAUUUUCUACUUAUUCUCACAGUGACUUAAAUAGACCAUUGGAAGAUGACUGUCAAAUUUUAGAAGAGGAAAGACUAGUAUCUCUUGUAUUUGGACUUUUAAAACAAAGAAAACUUAAUUUUUUAGAAAUAUAUAGUGAAGAAAUGAUUAUUACAGCAAAGAAUAUCAUUAAACAGUGUGUGAUUAAUAAAGUUUCACAAAUAGAAGACAUAGACACAGAUGUUGUUUUGAAGCUUGCAGAUCAGAUGAGAAUGUUGAAUUUUCUUCAGUGGUUUGAUCUGCUAAAGGAUAUUUUCUCUAAGUUUACAAUUUUCCUACAGAGAGUUAAGGCAACGUUAAAUAUCAUUCACAGUGUUGUUCUCUCAGUUCUUGACAAAAACCAAAGGACUAGAGAAUUGGAGGAAAUUUCGCAGCAGAAGAAUGCUGCAAAAGACAAUUCACUGGACACAGAGGUGGCUUAUUUAAUCCAUGAAGGCAUGUUUAUAAGCGAUGCAUUCAGUGAGAGUGAAUUAACACCUAUAGCAAUUGACACUACCUCUCAAAGAAAUGCAUCUCCAAAUAGUGAGCCCUGCAGCAGUGAUUCGGUAUCCGAACCAGAAUGUACUACUGAUUCUUCAUCCAGCAAAGAGCAGACAUCAUCCUCUGUUACUCCAGGAGCUGUGGAUAUUAUGGUCAAUGAAGACAUGAAAUUAACUGACUUAGAGCUGGGAAAGCUGGCAAAUAAUGUCCAGGAGUUAUUAUAUAGUGCCUCAGAUAUAUGCCAUGAUCGAGCUGUCAAAUUUCUCAUGUCAAGAGCAAAGGAUGGUUUUCUUGAGAAGCUAAAUUCCACAGAAUUCAUAACACUUUCCAGAUUAAUGGAAACAUUCAUUUUAGAAACUGAACAGAUCUGUGGAAGAAAAAGCAUGUCAUUACUUGGAGCACUUCAGAGCCAAGCUAAUAAAUUUGUAAACAGGUUUCAUGAAGAGAGAAAAACCAAGCUCAGCCUCCUCUUAGACAAUGAACGCUGGAAGCAAGCUGAUGUUCCCGCAGAAUUUCAGGAUCUUGUUGAUUCUAUAGCAGAUGGAAAGAUUGCUUUACCUGAAAAAAAAUCAGGGGCUACAGAAGAAAGGAAACCAGCUGAAGUUCUCAUUGUCGAGGGACAACAGUAUGCUGUUGUUGGAACCGUAUUGCUGUUGAUAAGAAUUAUCCUUGAAUAUUGCCAGUGUGUGGAUAAUAUCCCAUCUGUUACUACUGACAUGCUCACUCGUCUAUCAGAUUUAUUGAAGUACUUCAAUUCAAGAAGUUGCCAGUUAGUUCUUGGAGCUGGUGCACUGCAAGUUGUUGGACUAAAAACAAUAACUACAAAAAAUUUGGCUCUUUCUUCACGCUGUUUGCAGUUAAUCGUGCACUACAUUCCUGUGAUCAGGGCUCAUUUUGAAGCUCGACUGCAGCCUAAGCAGUAUAGUAUGCUUAGGCAUUUUGAUCAUAUCACUAAGGACUACCAUGACCACAUAGCUGAAAUAUCAGCUAAGCUUGUAGCGAUAAUGGAUAGCUUAUUUGACAAGCUGUUAUCUAAGUAUGAAGUGAAAGCUCCCGUUCCUUCUGCCUGUUUCAGGAAUAUUUGUAAGCAAAUGGCAAAAAUGCAUGAAGCUAUAUUUGAUCUCCUUCCAGAAGAACAAACACAAAUGUUAUUUUUAAGAAUUAAUGCAAGUUACAAACUCCACUUGAAAAAGCAAUUGUCUCACUUAAAUGUGAUAAAUGAUGGAGGACCUCAAAAUGGGUUGGUCACAGCAGAUGUAGCUUUUUACACUGGAAAUCUUCAAGCCUUAAAAGGCCUUAAAGAUUUGGACCUAAAUAUGGCCGAGAUCUGGGAACAGAAAAGUAACAGUAAACUUAUUAAACAGGCAGCUUACUCAAAAACACGUAUGGAAGAAUUGGAAAAUGUAAUUGAUUCUUAGAGAAAAGCUGAAAUUCAAACUACCAGCAGACCUCAUUUGGGUUAUUCAAGAACAUUUUUCAGUAACAACAAGCAAGCUUCAACAAGUGAAGCUUCAAGGAAAGGUAACUUUUUAUAACGUUAUACCCCACCCGGCUAUACUAGAGAACAAGGAUGUGAAAGAAAUGCCCUACCUCUACCCACCCCACCCCCUUCAGCUGGGAAAAGAAACACCACUUUGUUUCAAUAAAUGGAGAGUCUAUGGAGAGCAUGGCAGGCAUCCCAGCUUUAGAACUGGAUGAAAGAUAUUAAAUACCUUCAAGUUUAAUUCCUGUGGAAAUAAUGAUGUGGUUAAGAUUCUCAGAAAUGCAAAAACUGGAUU